GCAGCUCGGAUGAAUUGGAGCUGUCUUGCGACCUCCACAAUCAAGUCAAUAAAAGCCCCUCCAACAGUAUCCUACAUCAUACGGGGUUAGGAUCUCGCCAGGGCUCGCAAGGCUGCGGUGGUCGACAACAACAAAUAGCCAAACAAGAAAUGGCCAGACCCGCCUAGCCCGCCGCCCCCAAACACCUAACCGUCACGUAUAUACUCCAGCAACGCCAAUGUCAGACCGCUCCCUACCCCGUCUGCUUCUCGCAUUUUCACAACCAUCACGGCAAAAUGCAGCUAUUCCAACUACCCACGGAGAUCUUACAGGUUAUCAUCAGCCAGAUCGACUCCCGAGCUUCACUCGCUCGCUUGGCGCAGGUAUGCCGAUUUCUGGAGGCGUUAGUCGACCCAAUUCUCUACCAAUCCGUCUACCUACGCAACCACGACGGUGAAAUAUUCAUUCGCGCACUCGAGCUCCGCCCAGCCCGAGCGCAGUAUAUCCGCGAGCUGCUGAUCCACUACCACUAUGUCAACGUCCCCGACCAGCAGGCAUACUACCCGCUGUUGGUGGAGGGUCUGGUGCCGACGAUCCGCCGGCUGGUCAACCUCCGGCGGCUGACAGUCAAAGGGCUUCUCUACGAUGCGCCGCGGGACUACGACGACCCGGACUUGGGCAAUGUAGAGAGAUUCGACGCUUACGCAGUGGAGUGGUUCCGGCUGUUCGAGCAUGCCGGUGGCGCGGAUGUUCUGCCUUCCUUGGAGUCAUGCCAAAUGAUCAUGGACGAUGUUCCCUACGACCCAGAGAUCCGCACGGAACUAUGGAGCUUCGAUACCCGGAGCGCCGUCAUGAUCCACCCUCAUCUACGGGACCUGACCCUGGUCGGAGCGCUCGUCGGGGGCCUGGAUCCCGCCCUGCAGUACGAGCCGCGCUCCACACGACUGGAGAGUCUGACCCUGCUCUGCUGCGACGUAUCCUCGGACGGAUUGCGCGAGCUACUGCGUAUCCCUGAGGCCUUGAAGCACCUCACCUGGAAAGGUGUCCCGGCGACAGCUCCCCCGGAGUUUUGGCCGGGAGACCGACAGAGCUAUGUCGACGCUAUCCGCACGCAUGCAGACUCGCUGGUCAGUCUGGAUCUGGACUUUUAUGCGAUUGGUGGACAUCAUCCGCCGUUGGAUUUUCGGGAUUUCCGCAGUCUGCGGCAGCUAACGAUCGAUCCGGGGGUGCUGAGAGGUGAUACCACGGAUGCGGAUGGGAAUGCGCGACACGCUACGACGGAGUGUCUGCUCCCUGGCAGUCUACAGGGGCUGGUCCUUCGGGAAUAUAGAGAGUACAGCGUGCCAGACCAAGAAACUCUGCCGCUCGUCUAUCGCUGGGUGUCAUCAGGGGCGCUGCCUAGUCUGCGAAGCGUGGUCGAUGGGUAUGCAUGCAUGCAGCCGACGCGUCUUUCAGUUGCCAAGCGAGAGAGAAAACUAACAGACAGAGAAACAUAUAGCUUCAACAACCCCGCUUCGCCCUACACCAAACGCCCCCUGCUCUACUGCCAGCCCGCCACCGAUGAAUCCACCCCGGACCGCGUCCUCAUCCAGUACGCCCGCCGCUACUUCACCGGCUUCCAGGCCCAGCCCCGCUCCGCGGACAUCCCCCCGAUCACCGAGGCGCAGGCCGAGGCCCUCGACGCCUUGCACUUCCUGGCCGAGCAGCACAGCGCCGCGCUGGACUUCCAGAAGGGGGAUGUGCAGUACAUCAACAAUUUGAGUAUCUUCCACGCCCGGAAUGGGUUCCGGGAUGAGCCGGGGAAGGAACGCCAUUUGCUGCGACUGUGGCUGCGCGACCCGGAGUACGCGUGGGAGACGCCCGGGCCGCUGCGGAAACGGUGGGAUAUCGUCUACAAGGAUGUGCGGGUCGAGGAGCAGGUGUUUCCGCUGGAGCCGCGGUUGCGGAAGACGGUUGGCGCUUGAGCGAUUUGCCGCGAAAUGGAUUGUGGUUGGUUGGUGGAAUGGAACUCUGGGGACUCGGUGAUGAUAGAUAGUUGAUUGGGGAAAGUUGUGGUAGCUUCGCGGCACAGGUUGUUCCAGUGAACUCGGAAAUGGGCUGCAGGUACCAGAUCGUAACGCUUUGGCCUCGACUAUCUGGACCGUUUGGCCUGGUUGUACAAUUACACCAAUAGUGCCCCAGUUGUCGGGCCUCGCACACUAUCAAUAAGACAGAGACAAAUGAUAUUGGCUUCAUG